AAAUAUUAAAUGGUGUUAUUCAUUUGAUAUUCGAAAAAGCAGUAGAUGAGCCAAAGUACUCGUCUAUGUAUGCACAAUUGUGCAAGAGACUGCAUUCAGAAGCACCGAAUUUUGAAGAAGCAAAUGAUGAAUGUACAGUUUUUCGUUUAAUAGUGAACACCUGUCGCGAUAGAUUUAUAAAGCGCUCAACAUAUAGUGAUUUGAUAAAGAAAAAUGACUCGCCACUAUUGCCAGAGGAUGAAGAGGAGAAGCAGCAGAUAUUCAAGCAGAAGAUGCUUGGGAAUGUCAAAUUCAUUGGGGAGUUGUAUAAAUUGGGUAUGGUGUCAGAAAGCACCAUACACCAAUGUAUUAUACAACUCCUGGAGCCCAAUGCAAACAACAAUAUGCGCAACGAGGACAUGGAAUGUCUGUGUCAGUUGCUCAGAACUUGUGGAAAGAACUUGGAUACAGAACAGGGCCAAAUGCUGAUGAAUCAGUAUUUCCAGGGCAUGGCGAAGAAAUCAAUGUCGGCAAAAUAUCCACCACGAAUAAGGUUUAUGUUGCGCGACAUUAUUGAGUUGCGACGGAACAAUUGGGUACCUAGAAAAGUAGCAACUACUGAAGGUCCCGUUCCAAUUCACCAAUUGAGAAUUGAUGACGAUCUCAUUCGUCCCAAUUUUGUAAACAGAUCGCGGGAUCUACGAAAUGAUCGAGAUGGCGAUAACUGGAUAAAUCGACUUUCCGGCUUCAAUGAUAUGUUUAGCAAUUUGACUGUUUCCAACACCUCACCGAUAAUAUCACCCUACAACGUAGCUUCAGGGAAUAAUGCAUUUGGUGGCCGUGAUGCUGUUGGCGUUCGAGGCCUUGCAAAUGGUGGAAUGAGUUCGGGUGGAUUGGGUGUCGGUGCAAGUGGCAAUGGAAUGUCAGGCGGUGGAUCUUAUAGGAAUCACAAUGGCCAGCGAAAUCAUCAGAAUAACUCUUCUCAUCAGAAUUAUCAAACAUACAAUAAUCGCUACAAUAAGCACAAUCAUGGCAAUAACAAUUCGCACAACUCAUUUACCAGCAAUAUGCUCAAUAACAAAGAUCUGGCACCACGUUUUAAGAGGAACCUCAUACAGGCACCCCAAGAUCCCGUUGAGAAUCUCCAGAUGCGUCCAGCGGCCAAUAGUUUGCUUUUCAAGGCGAAUAUCAAUGUAAACAAACAACAAUUGCCGCUGACUCAACCGCGAGCCCAGACAGCAGGGGGGAAUGUUGGUAAUCAAUUUGGUCAGAACUAUAUGGGACCAGCAGAGUCGAAUCCCCCAUUACCACAAGUCCGGGAACAACAGAGCUAUCAGCAAAGUAAUGUGAAGCAAGGAAUGGGUGAAAAGGCUGGUCAUCCACAGGUACAGGUGUCCGUGAAUCCAAUUAUUAUGAAGGAAGAUGCUCUUGGGAAGGAAGAGCCGAAAAAGCAAAAGGAGAAGAAGAAGGACAAAACACCCAACAAGGAGGAAUUUAUAAAGAAAGUUUCAGUAUUUCUUGUGGAAACGUACAUGCCGCAAAUUGAACCGGGUGAGAAUGAAGGCAGUAUCGAUGACAUUGCUAUGAUGUUUAUAGAGAUAAAAGUGCCUGAGAAAUUUAUGAAGGAUGCAGUAACAAUUAUUUUUACGGAGAUCCUCGAAAAGAGUGAUGAUGCUCACGAGAGAACAAUUGAUUUCCUCACGUUGCUCAAAAAAGAAGGGAAACUCAAUCCCAAUGCAACCGUUGAGGCCUUCAGGCAUCUCAUAAAUACAAUGAAUGAACGUGAAUCCACCAUUCCACGUGUAACGACAAUUGUGGCAAAUCUCUUGGCAAGAGCAGCUGUGGCCAAAUUAUGUUCACUUACCGAUAUUGCUGGGUUCACUGAGAAUGGGCAACACUAUCCACUACUAUUGCUUGUCCUACAGCAACUCCACAAAAUUCUAGGGAGACAAGAAUUAACUGAGAUGUUCAAUAAGAGCAAAGUGAACAUUAUGACAAGCUUGCCAGAGGCUGAUCGUACAAAAGAUCGCAUGGCAGAAAUUCUCGAUGAUCGCAAUUUAAGCUUCCUCUAUCCACUUCUCAAAGUGCAAUCGGAGUUGUGGAAGCAAAUCCAAUUGGAUUCUAAUCCACAGCAAUUUUACAAGUGGAUCAAAGAGAAUGUUGAUGCCAGCUGCUACGGUGAUGCUGGUUUCGUGACAGCAAUGAUGACUGUUCUUUUGAAAUAUAUUACUCAGGAAACAACAAUUGCUGAGGGAAUUGAUAUGUCGAAACACCCUGAGAAAGUUCUGAUUGAGAAAGAGAGAAAGCUCUUGGAGAAAUAUUGUCCAAUUUUGAAUGCUUUCCUUACGAGCUCUCAACUUCAAUUGGUCGCUAUCUAUGCUCUGCAAGUGUAUUGCUACUCAAUGGACUUUCCCAAAGGAAUGCUUUUACGAUGGUUCACAGCUCUUUAUGAUUUGAAUGUGAUCGAAGAGGAUUCAUUCCUACAGUGGAAGGAGGAUAUAACUGAUGCGUAUCCAGGCAAAGGAAAGGCACUUUUCCAAGUAAAUGCAUGGCUGACAUGGCUUCAGGAGGCUGAAUCCGAAGAUGAUGAUGAUGUAUAGAGAGUAAUAAAUUUUAAUUUAUUUACUUUGAGCAUGCAUAAACAGGUAAGAGAAAAAAUUAAUUGAGAGAGAAUCUUUUUACCAACAAAAUCAGUAAGUAAAAAACGAAACAAAACAUAAAUUGGGCAUGUGAAAAUUAUAUUAAUGUAACAUAAAAUUUAUAUUGAUUGCUGUCUAAUAUUAUUGGUAUUAGUUGGCGGUUGUAUCUUUCGGUUUCAUUGGGUUACAUUCUCUAGAUUUUUUUCCUGUCCGUCUUUUUCAAAUAAUGCAUCUAAAGGGAAAAAAUAUAGAAGAAAUUUAGAAAAAAAAAUGCUACAUAACAGAAAAUAAAACUACAUAAAAUAUUUACCACAUCAAUGGAACUGAAUCAAAUAUGAAUUAAUCACUGCCCAAGAAUAUUUAUAAAGUAAAAAAAAGUGGGAUGAAGGUAAAGGAACAUGAUGCUUAAAUUUAAUACAUCCAACAUAUUUUUAAUGAAUAUUUAGCAUGUGAAAACUGUUUUAUGUGAAAAGAAAGUGAAAGAAAAAAUGUAGCUAAUUUAUCUAUAUAGAGACUCAAAUUAACCAAUUGAGUUUUAUAUCUUUAACAAUAUUACCUAAAAAUAGUUUCUACCGCGUUAAACGGGAUUUUUUUUUAAACAUACUACAUAAUCAAUUAUUAAUUUUGAUUAACGCAUUGCAAUACAAUCUUUAUUUCAUUCACAAAUUAUUAAUCACAAGUUCAUAUUAAAAAAAAAAGUUGCGGAUAUCUUUAUUUUUUUCUUGAUUUUUUAUUAAUUUCCAAAAAAAAAUAUCUAAAAAUGUUGCAAUUGGUGAUUUUUGCUAGAUGCAAUUCAUUCAGAUUCAUUCGAAAACGUUUCUUCUUGUCUUUAGAUUUUCAUGUCAUUUACUUGUGAAUUUAUUUUGCAAUUACAUGCAAACAUAUUCCAAAAGAAGUAUAUGUAUUUAUAAAUAUAGAUAAAAAAUCACAUUGUACUAACUGAUUUUAAUAAAUUAUAUUAUAAAUAUUUCUGUAACUUCUAUCUAAUUUCCUAGUGAAAAGUAAAAGAUAAUUAAAAAGAAGCAAACCGUAGAGAUCAAUUUGAAGCACAAGAAUGUUGCGUAAACUAUUUGUAUGUGGGUGAAUUUUGUGGUUUUUAAGUAUUAUUCCCUGAUUAGUGAGAGAAAUUAAAAAAAAAAAAAUAGUAACAAAUUGGAAUGGCAACUUAUAGAGUUAAAAAAAAAUAAAUGUUCAUUGCGAAUGAAUGAUGGCACACUGCAGUGUAAGGAUUUACGUGUUUAUUUUAUUUUCUUCAAAAUAUCUGUUUUAAUUAAACAAGGAUAAAAAUGUGAAAAUUUUCAUGUUGUACCUUGUUACACAAUGAAAAAUAAGAAAAUCUUUCAAUAAAAUUAAAUCUCUAUACGUGAAAUGAAGAAAAAAAUUGAAUCGUAUGGUUAGGACAAAGAGCUUUUAAAGAAAAUCUAGCAACUGAGACAUUCUUGUCCUACAUUUUCAUUGCAAAUAGAAUAUUAAAAAAUAACUGAAAUGAUUUUUAAGUAAAUUUGAUGAUUUCUCAAAUCUGAAUAAUAAUCACAAAAAUUGAGAAAACCCAUACGAUUCAUUUGCAUCCAGGUGUAGAGAAGAUAAAACAAAAACAUCAAGAAAAAAAAAAUAAUAUAAUAUAAAAAAAAUAUAUAAAAUUAACAGUGAUUUUUAUGAAAAUUUACCAGAAAUAUUUUGAAAGAGUUAAAAUAAGAAAAUUAGACACAAAGAACUAAUUUUCUUAUUUAUAUUUUUAAUUUUAUUUUAUGUUUUUUUCAUUAUCAAUUUAAUAUUUAUCAAGAAUAUUAUCUCUCUAAUACAACUGAUGGUAUAUUUUCAAAUAAAUCACUGUGCGCAAAAAAAAGGGACGAUGAGAAGGAAGAUAGAAAGAAGCUUGCAAUAUUUUCGGUGUGAGAUUAUGUGAUGGAAUAUUGCAAUGGCUGAAUGAUUGUAGGUUGAAUUGCCCCCUCUUUUCUUUUUAUAAAAAAAAAACUUCCUAAUUUUAGCGUUCCCUCUAAAUGCGGAAAUUCAUUUCCGAAAGUAUUGAGUGGAGUGCAAUAUGGAAGUGACAAAUAGUUCAAUUGGUAUUUUACAUUUUAUUCUCAAAACCAUACCUAAACUUUUCCGUGAUUUAAAUUCUCAUAAAUAGUUUAAAAAAAAAGAUCAUACUUAGAGUUUUUUCAUUAAAAAAAAUUAAAUAAAUCCGAAGCUUCUGGAUAAGUCAAGAGAUUUUUUACUCAAGUUGUGUGAUGUUAAAAGAAAAUCGCAGGAGAAAGUUUAAUAAAUCUCUUGAAAAUAGAAGGAAGUUUCGUUCAAAGAACAAAACUUCAAAAGUCAUUUAUGCUUCGAUAAAGAAGUAUUUGGUUUGUUUUACGAACAUACCUACCACGCUAUAAUAAUCUCUUUUUCUAUAAAUAGUCUUCCAAGUAAAUUGUUUGAAUCAAAGAAAAUAUUUAACAUCUUUUUUUUUGCUGAAUUUUAGGAGAAAUUUUAAUUUUUUUCGCAGAGAUUAAAAAAAAUGAAGCAUAAAUGAAUUUUGAAUCACAAAAUCAAUUUUUAUCGAAAAUAUACAGAUGGAAGAAAACGAUAACAUGUAUGUGAAAAUUGCGAAAUUUUACAAUUUUUUUUGUUGUUGUGUAACUAUGAAGGAGAAAAAAAAAGAAUGAUUAAGGAAUAUUAAAAAGUGGCUAUAUUAUUUUCGAUAAAAAUUACUAUUUUGUGAGAAAGAAAGUGACACUUUUAAAACAAAGUUUGCAAUUUUACUAAAUUUCAAGAAAAGAAAAAUUCUCGUAAUGUUCUAAAAACGAAGAGAGAGAAAAAAGUAUUAAGAAGUAAAUAUGCCUUUUUGAAAACGAUUGACUUCCCUUUGACUUGCAAUAAAUUGACUGAACUCUUGGGUAGUUAAAAUUUAAAUGGAUCUAAAAGAACGAAUUCAUGUUUCAUUUUUUUUUUGUAAAAGGUAGUUAAAUUAUAAUGGAAAGUACUUCAAAUACAGUGAAUGUUAUGAGAGAGCAAGAAAAGAAUUUAAUAAAAAUGCACAUCGUUUUAAAGUGACAAUAAA